AUGGGUAACGUGAUGAGUGCUAGUUUCGCGCCAGAAUGUACCCCCUUGAAGGAAAAGUACGAUAAAUGCUUCAAUUCGUGGUACAGCGAGAAGUUUUUGAAAGGUCUAUCAGUAGAAAACGAAUGUCAGAUCGAAUGGUACGAGUACAUGGAGUGUGUCCAGGCCAGCUUGGUGAAACAAGGUAUCAAACCAGCCUUGGAUGAGGCUCGCAAGGAAGCCCCCUUCGAGAAUGAAGGCAAACCCGUAAACGAGUAA